AUGCUCAGCACCGUGUGCGUUGCAGCUCCUGGACAAAACAGGCUGAGCUGAAAACAAAAACUCAGCUUUGACUCUUACUCCACUGGCUCAAAUUUAAUCGAAAAUGUUUACAUAGCUUCGAGGAGCAGGAAGGAGCCCAGGUUCCCCCAGGCCAGCGAGGUCCCCGAGCACAGGCCGCAGGUGAACAGCAUUACUGUUUCUAAGAAACGCAGCUGGCUGCAGCAGAGCACGCACCGACCUCCUCCUCCUCCUCCUCCUCUGGAAGAAGAAAGCACCUGUAAAGAAACACAUGGGCCUGUUAUCCCAGUACCCAAAUCUCCCAUCCUGCUGCCUGAACCUGUGGUGCCGCGGGUUCUUUCCACGUCACCAGUGGGGCGGGAGCACCCCGCGCGAAGCUGCGCUCCUCUUGGUGCCCUGCCAAGCAUCGCAAGCCCAAGGAGCGCUGCUUUGGACUUCGGUGAGGAUAACGAUGCAGAUGAUGAAGGAGAAAUAUGGUACAACCCAAUCCCUGAAGACGAUGAGCCCGACUUGCUGAGGGUCCGCCCUUCCACUGUGAAUAGCCCUGUUGCUGUGGGCUCCCCGGUGUCUCGGUACAAAUCCUCCCCUGGGUGUGACUUGGGGAUGGCCACAGGUCCCUGCGAGGGUCCCCCACGCACCAUGGAGAGCGUGGGGGACAGUCGGACAGCUCAGCCCAGAGAAAUGAGUCAGGCCGAUGCAGUGCAUCCCGGGGAGCACGUGCAGCAGCACCGACAGAGGUUUGCCUGCAAGGCUCCUAGCGUGCCAGCAGUAGAGGACAAUCCUGCCUUUAAGUGCCCUUCAACAGGGUCUGGAGUUGUACUUGCACACAAGACUGAUAUCCCCUCGACAGAGGUUUCUCCUCCAAGUCCCAGUCCUCUGAAAAAAAGCGGAUCAAUCAACUGGCCUUUCCCUGAUAGAAUUAAAUCUCCCAGGACUGUGAGGAAGCUUUCCAUGAAAAUGAAAAAGCUGCCAGAGCUGAGCAGGAAACUGAGUGUCAAGGGAACCUCAAGCCAUACUAGUUCAGAUAAUCCUCCUUCCCUGCUGAAAAGUAGCUGCCGGGAUACAAGCCAUACAGUGUCUUUGCCAUCUUCUGGAAACUCAACCACAGCUGCCUGCAGGAAUGUGAUAAGUCGUUACCAUCUCGACAGCAGCGUGUCGUCGCAACACACCUACAAAAAGAAAAGCUCAAGGAGCUCCAAGUCCUUCAACAAAGGUGGUUAUCUCAGUGAUGGUGACUCUCCUGAACUUUUAACAAAAUCAGGUAAACAUGGGCAUGAAACCAAGUGUGGGAAAGGAAAGGAGAACCUUCCAAGUAACAGUGGUAAAAGUGAAAUAGAUAUAGAUGCUUUCAGACACUAUAACUUUUCUGAUCAACCCAAGUGCUCUCAGUACAUCUCUGGACUCAUGAGCAUUCACUUUUAUGGUGCUGAAGACUUAAAACCACCAAGAAUAGACUCAAAAGAUGUCUUUUGUGCAAUACAGGUUGACUCAGUAAACAAAGCAAGAACAGCCCUGCUUACGUGCAGGACGACGUUUCUAGAUAUGGACCACACGUUCAACAUAGAAAUUGAAAAUGCUCAGCACUUAAAGCUGGUGGUGUUCAGCUGGGAACCCACCCCGCGGAAAAAUCGGGUGUGUUGUCAUGGAACCGUGGCUCUUCCCACUCUCUUCCGAGUGACAAAGACACACCAGCUGGCUGUCAAACUGGAACCGAGGGGGCUUAUUUACGUCAAGCUGUCGCUCAUGGAGCAGUGGGAGAACUCUCUUGAUGGUCUUGAUGCAGAUCGGGAGCCUGUGAUGUUCGGGGUAGAUGCUCGAAAAGUUGUAGAGAAGGAAAAUGCGGGCUUGAUGGUGCCACUUUUGAUGCAGAAAUGCAUCCUGGAGAUUGAAAAGAGAGGCUGUCAGGUGGUGGGCCUGUACCGGCUAUGUGGCUCGGCAGCGGUCAAGAAGGAGCUUCGGGAGGCGUUUGAGAGGGACAGCAAGGCUGUUACUCUCUGUGAAAGCCAGUACCCAGAUAUUAAUGUCAUAACAGGCGUCCUAAAGGAUUACCUGCGAGAGCUACCCUCUCCCCUGAUAACCAAGCAGCUCUACGAAGCGGUGUUGGAUGCCAUGGUGAAAAAUCCCUUGAAAAUGACGGCAAGUGGAUGCGAAAAUGACCUGAGUGACUCUGAGCACACAGCAGCCCUCCUGGAUUGCCUGCCAGACGUGGAGAAGGCUACCCUGAAGAUGCUGUUGGAUCACCUGAAACUGGUGGCUUCUUACCACGAAGUAAAUAAGAUGACGUGCCAGAAUCUAGCUGUGUGUUUUGGGCCUGUGUUACUGAGCCAGAGGCAGGAGACCACCAACCAAUGGACUUCAAAAAACACAUAGAGGUUCUUCACUAUUUACUCCAAGCUUGCUAGUGCCCUGGACUUCAAAAAACACAUAGAGGUUCUUCACUACUUACUCCAGCUGUGGCCAGUACAUCACUCACCUGCCAACGAACCAUCACAUCUGAAUGCAUUUCCUGAGCACCCAUCCUCCCUGAAUUACCUGAGACCCAAGAGGCAGAGACCCCAGAUGCUGAACCUGAGCGGUACCGAGAUGUCUGGGGUACUCAGACCAAGGCCAGCGGGUCUAGACAGCCCAUCAAGCAACCGCUACGCUGGAGACUGGAGUAGUUGUGGGGAGAACUACUUCUUAAACCCAAAAGACUGCCUGAGUGAGGCAGACUACGAUGACGUCCCUUCGGAAGACACAGAGAGCGGGGAUGACGGCAGCAAAGCCGAGGAGUCGGACACCCCGGUAAGAGGCCCGCAGCCCAUCCCCGGAGAGCACACCUUUCAGAGCUAUUUGACAAUGCAAGCGAUAGACUCCGUGGUGGAUCACAGAGCAAACCUCAAAGACCUGCAGGAAAGCAUUGAUACUCUGAUAGGAAACCUGGAAAGGGAACUCAACAAAAACAAGCUAAAUAUGAGUUAUUAA